AUGUCCCGUCCCCUCCCCUCCAGCCCCAGUUCCAGCAGCCGGAGCGGGGACCGGAGCGGGGACCGGCGCGGGCUGCAGCCACCCGCAGAGCGGCAGGAGGUGGCGGAGUGCGCGCUGCAGCUGCGCAGGAUCCGACAAGUGGACGGCGACAAGUGGAACCUGCCGCAGAAGAUCCUGAACCUCCUGACAAAGCUCUUUUGCCCGGAAACGUGA